ACGGAGGCGCAGAUGUUGUCACGUGACUCGUGACACACCUGUUUGUUUCCGUCCAGCUCGAAAUAAACAGGCAGAACAGGAAGUAUGAAAUAUGAAGACUUCCUAAAGGACAGCAAAAAAUGUUUCAUCCUCUUAUAACCAGCUGCUUUUUAAUUGCCAACUUCUUUCACACGGGUCAGUCGGCUGUAAUAGAAACAACAGAAACUGUUUGGGCAGCAGAGGGAGACCAGGCUUCUCUGAGCUGUCGGCUCACUGAGGAUAAAGAUGUUCUCCAGAUCACCUGGCAGAAAGUUCUGCACAUUGGAGAGAGGAACCUCGCCACUUAUACCAAGAAGUUUGGUUCCAGAGUGAACCCAGGUCUGGAGGAGAAGAUGGAUUUUCAGUAUGAAUCUCUGCAGAGCUGCUCCAUGGUGAUCAGGAAGACGACGCAUCAGGAUGAAGGCUGCUACCGCUGUUUGUUUAACACCUAUCCUAAAGGAGCGCUGAUAGGCUGGACCUGUUUAAAACUCUGUGAGCUGCAUGGACCCUUUGUUGACGUCAGCAGAUCAAACUCUCCUCCAGGGUCGGUUGUGACCUGUUCAGCCACAGGUCGAUCUGUUCCCAUAGUAACGCUGACUGUUCUCCAUCAGAACCUCAGCUUCUCCCACUACAACACCAGCAGAGUGACCAACACCAACGGUACCGUCACCUUCACCACUACAGCUCUGCUCUCAGCCCUCAAUACCACACAGGUUGAAUGUUCAGUGUCAGUGCAAACUGAUGCUCUCAGAGAGCUGCUGGUCAUCGUUCCUGGACUCACAGAAACGUCUGGAGAUGGUUUGGAUGUAGGACCUGGUUCAAGUUACUUCACUGUUGGAUUGUGUGUAGCAGCUGUGUUGUUGUUUGUGGUCUGUGUUGCUGCUCUCAUCUCUGUGCUGCUCAGAAAAUGGCCAGAGAAAAGGGAAAAAGAAAAAGCAUUGGACUAUUUGGAAAAAGAGUUUAGAAGCUGCAUGGAUGGAAAAGAGAUGCAGGACGCUACAGAUCAGACAAUGGCCGACAUGAGUGUUGUGGACCUUCCUCUGGUACCCAUGAAAGUGACAGAGAUCGCACGUUCUCCAGAAUGCCUAAGACAACGCUGCAACAAAAACCAGCCGUCAGCAGACAAACCUGGAGAAAAAUCUGACACUGAAAUCAUUAACCAUGAAAAAAACUAACUGAGCCUCUAGUUUGUGGUGGAGGAGAUGAAACAGCCACACCUGAGGUCAAAGGUUGUGGGAGAAGAACUUAUUGUGAGGUUAGGCUCUCUGGUCAGAUGUUUCCAUGACGCCCUGGAGGGACGGCGUUUCUCUGAUGUUCUGAGAGUUUGGGAUUCCUCCAAAGGAGCGAUUCCUCCACGACACGACCCUGAACUAAUGGGAAGAUGAUGGAUGAUUUAAAAGACUUUAAUCAUUUCAACACAAGACUGGGGUUUUUUAUUAGUUAAAUCAUAAAUUUUGAUAUUUAUUUUUUUUAAAACAAAAACUAAUUCCUUUAUGGAUAAUUUUCUUUGUUUUAAUUUUCCCUUUGUAUGCAUUAAUAUUUGUACUGUUUCAUAGCCAUAAAUAAAGCAUUUCAUAUCAAUA